AAGCGAACGUGACUCGAGUUCUUGACUGUGUUCCACGCGGAUCUCAUGCGCACGAUGAUGCACUGGGAUCGAAUAGCAACACUUCAACGCCUCCUAGGAUUUUACUAGUAUUUUGGAAAGAAAAAUCAACAAGAAAAAGUGCUUGAGGAGGAAGGAAGUUGAAGAAUAGCACCAGUAGAGUAGAGUAGGGCGGCCACCAGGAGUCGAGUCGAGUCGGGAGGGACGACUUCCGCAAGUGCAAGUGCCAAGGUGAAGCCGCGCCAGCGAAGCGAAGCGAGCAACCCAAACAAGAAAAAAGAAUUCCAUCCAAAUCUCCACGCCGAGUCGCCGAUCCGCGCGCCCCCGCCCCACCGCCGGCGAGGCCUCCCCCGAUCCACCCACCCGCGCACCAGCCAAGCAGAGGCGCCGCCAUGGACGCCAGCAGGAAGAAGAAGUGGCUGGCCUGGGCGGUGGCGGCCGUCAUCUUCGUCGUCCUCAUGCUGGUCACGCCCGCCAUCCCGCAGAACGAGGACUACCACGACUUCGCCGACCAGCGCACCCUCUUCCUAGGUAUCCCCAACACGUUGAAUGUGAUUUCAAACAUCCCCUUCUUUUUUGUGGGUGUCACAGGCCUCAUCCUGUGCCAUUACAAAGAUUACUUCAGGCUCAGCUCACAGGGGGAGCUUUGGAGUUGGACGCUGUUCUUUGCUGGUGUCACUGCUGUUGCUUUUGGUUCUUCCUAUUACCAUCUCAACCCGAAUGAUGCCACCCUAGUUUGGGACAGAUUGCCGAUGACGAUUGCUUUCACCUCGAUCAUGGCCAUUUUCAUCAUCGAAAGAGUUGAUGAAAGAGCAGGAGCAAAGUCCCUAGCACCACUUGUGAUUGCUGGUGCCCUGAGCAUCCUUUAUUGGAGUUACUUUGACGAUCUACGCCCGUAUGCAGUAGUUCAGUUUGUUCCGUGCAUUGCUAUACCUGUAAUGGCUAUAGUAAUUCCGCCGAUGUAUACACAUUCAAGCUACUGGUUGUGGGCAGCAGGAUUCUACCUCCUUGCUAAAGUAGAAGAGGCUGCUGACAAACCUAUCUAUAGGUGGACUCAUCAGAUUGUUAGUGGUCAUUCUCUUAAGCAUCUAUGUGCUGCCAUGGUACCUGUUUUCUUGGCUCUGAUGCUUGCCAAAAGGACUAUUGAGCCAGAAAGGGUAAGUUUACUCCAGAAGUGGAAGAUUGGGUUGAUUACUGUGAAAGAAAGUCGUUCCAAGGUUGGGAAUACAGUCGAUGUCAAUUGCAACUAUGCUGUUGUUUCAACAUCAUCUGAACAGUGAAUAUACAUCUAGCAUUUUGCACACAUGUAAGGAAAAGAAGGCAGUGCACAUCCUUUACUUGGAAAUUCAUCACCACAGAUGAGUUUCAUCGCUGCUGAUCAUGGUGCCUGACAGUGUUGUAGAGAACAUUUACAAAAUAUUGUGCAUAGUAAUAAUAAAUGAGUGCUGAAACUCUCUCUUUCCCACCUUUCCCGUUUUUACCAAGAUGAUAUACUCAUGUACUAGGACAAUGGUGGUUAUAAUACCUACAUGUGUCUUAACUCUGUGGGGAUGCUAAACUCCUAUACUCAGGCCAUUAGGAUGUGGCUAAAAGAAAGAGCCCUGUAGUUCAUUUGUAAAAGAUGUUGAUAAGAGUAUCCUUCAUUGUUCGACCAAGGAUCA